AUGACCAUGAAAUUAGAAUUGUAGUAUUUGAUGCAACUUGGAUUUGCAUUUUUAGAAGGUGGAUGUGUUAGAUAUAAAAAUAUGUAAUCAAUAAUGAUAAAAGUACAUCUGAAUACAUUUAUUGCUUGUCAUUUGUCAUUUUUUGGUGGCUUGUAAAUUGAAAAUUGAUCUUUUAGGUUGGCUAUGGAAUUUGUAUGGGAUUUGGUAAAUUUGCACGAAUAGACAUCUAUGGUUGCUAUUGUUUUUAAGUGUUGCAUUUUCUUCUUUUAUCUCUAUAUGCGCUCAUAGCUUGGGGAGGCGGUUGAAUCAAUAGUUAAGAUAUAUUGAUUUGGCUGGUAGUGGUACAAUUCAUUUUAUGUCUGCGUGGGGAGCGCUUGUGUUGACAGUGAUGUUGGGCGCAAGGAAUAAAGAUGGAAUGAGAAAUAUGACAAUGAAUUUAACCAAAGUAAUACUACCUAUAUUUGUUUAUCCACUGAGUUUAAAUUCUCCAUACUGUAUAAAAUUAUGGGCAAAUUUUUUUAUUGGAAUUCGGGUGGAUUAACAUAUUGGAGUUUUGGAAUCUUAAGACAGAAAUUUUAAAAUAAGAAAUUAUAAAAACUAAUAAAAUCCUGUUGAUGCAUUUCCAAUUCAUGGAGGAUGCGGUCCAAUAGGUGCACAGUUCCCAGGGUGGAGUAAUGCAGAAAAGGGGAUUUUUUAUGGCAGGGUGUCAAAUAAUGGGGUAUCCAACUUCUGGGCACUGUGGUUUGGUUAGGAUGGUCUGUAAUAUUACAUUUAAUCGUGA